UAUUUGUCUCAUUUAAAAUCUUAAUAAAAGAUAGUAUAAAGAAAGGGAUCGGUAAAGAUAGGAAAGAAAAUGACUUAUUUUCCUUUUAAUGAACAUAAAGGAAUAAUUUGCAUUUAUUGCUUCAUUAUCUCAAUCUUAUUCCCCAUCUACACCAAACAUCACCACAAAAAACCGUCUUAAGAUGUUCUAUAAAAUUUAUUUUGACAGUUCUUUAUGCAUUUUUUUUUUUUUUUAUUAGUAGUAGUGCUUCUAGUAUCUUUUCCUUAAGAUGAUGAAAUUUAUUAAUCAUCAAUCACUAAUUCAAAGACAAAGCAUGACUCACUCUUUCCAUAAUAUUAUACGAGUAGAAGUUGGCCACAAUAAUAUUCUUCCCUUUUGUUUAUUCUAUCACAUAGUAGUUGGCCUAGAUACCUUUUGAUCACUUAAAAGUCUACGCUAAUUGUAUCCCAAGCUCUAAUUCAUAAGUCCUCCAUUGUUUUGAUCACUUUUUAAGCUUUAAACAUAAGAUUGAGAAACCAAAAAAAUAUUACAAAAAUGAGCGUGAUCGUAAGAGAGUCGACCAUGGUGCGCCCGGCCGAGGAGACUCCAAAGCGAAAUCUUUGGCUCUCGAGGCUAGACAUGAUCAUACGCAUGCCAUAUUCCCACACCAACAUUUUAGCCGUUUAUAGUCCUGUAAAGGAUAAUAACGGGCAAAAAUUUUUCGACACAGAGAUUUUAAAGGAGUCUCUACGUAAAAUUCUAGUGCCAUUCUAUCCGAUGGCAGGAAGAUUAAAAAAGAAUGAAGAGAAUGGUCGAUACGAGAUCGAUUGUAAUGCGGCCGGUGCCUUAUUCAAAGAGGUAGAAACAACGCAUACUCUUGCGGAUUUAGGUACCGAGUUUCGCAAAGUAGCGAUCCCUACGUGCGAUUUCUCGGGUGGUCUUUCGUCGUUCCCCUUGCUAAUGGUUCAAGUCACACGAUUCAAGUGUGGUAGUGUAUGCAUGGGGUGCGCCACACACCACAAUGUAAUUGAUGGAUUUGCGUCUGGUUACUUCCUUGUAUCAUGGGCUAGAUUUGCUAGGGGGCUUGACCUCCCCGUUAUGCCCUUCCACGAUCGGGCCCUCUAUGUUGCUCCCCGUGAUCCGCCUCAGAUCAAAUUUCGACAUUUGGAGUAUGAGCCACCUUUGCCACCCAUACUACCUAAGGGUCUUACAGGUGAAAUGUCAAGCGCAAGGGAAUGUAUGUUCAAAUUCUCUAAACGUUACAUAAAUACCUUAAAAUUACAUGCAACUUCUCAACCCCAAGAGGCACAAACCUUGAAGCUAAGUACAUACGAGGUGCUAGCUGGGCACAUAUGGAGAAGCACAUGUAGAGCACGCGGUUUAACAGGUGAUCAAUAUGUGAAACUCUAUAUACCCACUGAUGGGCGGUCAAGGUUGAGGGAUCCAACUCUACCACGAGGAUACUUUGGAAAUGUCGUUUUCUUUGCAGCUUGUGUUGCUAAGGCGCGUGAUAUCACGUGCAAGCCGGUAUCGUAUGCCGCGACUAUGGUUCACGAAGCACUAAAGAAAGUUGAAAGCACGGAAUACUUGAGAUCGGCAAUUGAUUACAUAGAAUCACAGCCUAAUCUGGAUACACUCGUACGUGGGGUGGAACAUGUUACAUGUCCAAACCUUGUGAUAAAUUCUUGGGCCAAACUCCCUUUUAAUUUAGGAGAUUUUGGUUGGGGAAAGCCCAAUACUGUGGCCCAAGGUGGUAUUAGACAUGAGGGGCAAGCAUUCUUUAUACCAAGCCCAAAUGAAGAAGGUGUCAUUUUAUUGACUAUUAAGCUUUACAAUGAUCACAUACCUCUGUUUGAGAAUUACUUGUAUGAUUUUGAAAUUACUCCUAAUUUAUAGUUCUGGAGAAUUUGAAACAUUUCAAUAUUAUAUUUUUUUUUUUUUUUUAAAGUUUUGUUUGUGUGAAAACAAUAUAAUGUUGAUUGUAUAAUUUCUCUGGUUCAAUAUCGACUAAAUAAUUUCUACUUUUACUCAAUUUGAAUCAUUUCUAUGUUGUAGAUGUCAAAUAUUCCUUCAAAUCAAAAUAGUUGAAAUGGUUUUGUUAAUUACAAAUGAAUUGAUGGAAUGAUCCAAACAAAACAUGUAAGUAAUUCUCUUAAUUAUCAUAAGCUACAAUAGCUCAAAGAUCAUAUCAAUAUUAUUCAAUCCAGCUCUUAACAUGAAUUUUAUCAAUACGAAAUACGUUAUAUAUGAUUCAUAAAAAAUACAUUAUGUUGGCAUUCGUAAUUAAAAAAAUAAUAAAAUAAAAAAGCAUAUCAAUUAAAAGAAAAAACAAAUGAAAUAAUCUUUAGGUCGAGGUAUUUGUCCACCAGUAUGAUUGGAUGAGGUCAUAUCUUAGCUGGCUUGAUGACUUGUCAUGUAUGUGCUUGGGAGGGUGGAUAAUGUAUAUGUAUAUGAGUCAUAUAACUAUUGUACAACUGUACAGCAUACACGUUAUUUUAUGAAUGUACUAGGGUGUCAUCUUAGACUUAUUUCUUUUGACAACAUCUUAGACUUAUUUCUCAGCCGACAAUUCCCAACUUAUAUUAUUUCUUUUCCAUAUCUAAUAAAAUUAUUACAAUCUGUCAACGUUUUACAAUAAUGUUUUUAAUAUAUUUUUUUUUUUUUUUGAAGCAAUUAUUUAUUUAGUUAUAUAAUACUGGUAUAUACUACUCAUGGAUGGUGCAAGCGAUUUUUUAUUCAUAAUAAGAACUUACUCCGCAGUACGGAGUAGUUUACUAAAUACUAAUUUGAUACUAUUAGAUUCGGCACUAAUAUACUAUAGCUACAAUAUCGAUAACACCAUUAUUUUUUUAUUUUUUUUUCGAAAACAUUUAUUCUA